AUUUUAUUCAGAUUCAGUGAAAGGACGAUUAGUUAGAAAUCUAGUCUCUGUCGUAUUUGUCAUUGCCAACUCAUCAGUUUCAGAUAUAUUACUGUACCUUUUACCUUUUCGCUUCAUGUAGUACAAAGAAGAUCUUGACAAAGACAUGGAAAGUGACUUGUUGCUGAUUGGCUCUUGUGGUAGAAAGAGGGCCAAUCCUUUCUACUCCAGCCACCUAUACAUAUACAGUAGAGCUAAGCCCGCCAUUAUUCAAAUUUGAUGCUACUGGAUACCACCUGAUCAGUAUUACAGGUUGUUGCUGUUUUAAUCCAAUGAAUGAAAAAGUCUAAAGGUAUGGUUUGGAAGAAGCCAUAUGGAUAUGGAUCAGAGGAAUGGAUUGUUGGCUCAUAUUUCAAUUCCUUUGCAAAAUACAUUGUCCAGUUCUGAGAAUUAACUGUAAGUAGGAGAGGUCUUCAGGUAUGGCAAACUGGUUUUUUAUGUUAUUUUUUAUUAUGAAAGAUGAUCCUGGUCUGUCUCUACUUUUAGAGUUGUUCACUAAUUACACUUGGCAAGGUGAUUUUUAAUGUUUUAAUAAAGCUAGGGGCAAAGGUGUGUUUGUGUGAGGGAGGGAGGGAGGGAGGGAGGAGACCCACAGCACGAUUUGAAAAGCUGUGGAUAUCUUUACGAAGAAGAAUUAAACCUUUACAAAGAUGAAUUAAACUACUGUCUCCUAUAUUGGCUAUACAAAUCUACUGUACUAAUACGCUUGACAAAAACUUCUCUACUCUUUUUAAAAGUAAUUUGAGACUGCUAUUUAUAAAGCACUCAAAACAUCCUGAAAAUAUUUCUGAAUAUGACUGUAAUAUCCAGUGAAUAUCCGUUCGAGUCAUAUUUUUAGUCAUUUGGAAUUGCACACCCUGUCAGAAAUGUUAAUCUCUCAGAGUGCUUUUAUCAUGAAAAAUUCCCAAAUGAUAUGCAAUUAUUAUUAUUAUUAUUAUUAUUAUUAUUAUUAUUAUUAUUAUACAACUGCUCCCUCUGCAUGGCUGCUGCUGGGUAGCUGUUGUUGCUGCUGCCUCAUUGAAAGAAGCAGCCAGCUGAACAGACCCACCUCACUCACCCGCCAUCUGAUUCCAGCAUCAGAUGAGGGCCAUAUCCAAUAACGAAAGAUCAACUGUCUGUUGGCACUGGGCAAACAUGGGGUCCAGUGUCCAGCUCUUUUCUUCUCUGCCCCCCCCCCACGCUACCUGGGGUUAAUUCUUAUCUUCCUGGCUUGGGACCUCUGUGGUCUCCAUCACUCCCUUUUCUUUCCUGUUGGAGUCUGCUUAUCUGACCCUGGCAGCCAGACUUCUCCACAGGGAGAAACACGAAGAAGGGCCUCAGAUCAUGAUUGCGGGGUCCAGGUUGAUUGCUAUAGGGAGAGGCAGCCUUAUGCAUCGGAUUGUGCAGUUUGCUGAUGAUGGAGAUGCAGUUGAUGCUGACAAUAAACAGACACUUAACCUCCACCUGCAAGGGCAACUUGUGGGCUGCUCAGGGUGGGAAAAGAGGGAGCAAACACUCAAAACGAGAUCGAGGUUAAGGAUGAGGAAGGAGGCAACACAGCUUUUAAUUGGGAAGGACUGUAAAAAAAAUAAAAUGCUAGUGAACCUGGAAAUACCACAUUUGUCACCUAUACUGUUGGGAAGUUUAUCAGUUAACUGAAAUCCAAUUCUUAAAAUUAUUCUGUUCACAGACGAUAAUAGGUUUGUGUUGAGUAGUCGGGACACAUUGCAAAGUCAUGCAUUGUUUAACCAACUCCCUCCCCCCCCCCUUUAUGCUGCCAGAGAUCUGGAUGGCUGCCAGGGACUUCUCACCACAAUGGAGAGACUAGUGAAGCCGAUCUUUGUGGUUGGUGUCGCUAUGAUCAGUUUUGUUGGAAUAUGGAGGAAGGGUAAGAAGCCAGAAACACUGCUUGAUUUGUCAUUAUAGUCUCCCCAGAAACACUGCUUGAUUUGUCAUUAUAGUUCUUAUAUACAGCAUUCCACAAAAUUGUUUUCCCAUAAUAAUGCAAUUCUGACCUACCAGGACUUCGGGGGGGAUGGGGACGACACCAUUUUAUUAUGCUGGUAUUGAGAUCACAUAGACCUCAAACUAAUUCCAUCAGUCAAAGUUGCUGUUUUUAUUUCCUUACAGCUGUUUAUAUUAAAGGAACUGUCAGCCCUGAAAUUGUCCAAGUUGGACAAGAUGUGAUAUUGUGCUGCCAAGUAGGAGGCUGCACAUCCUCCAGGCUACAAGUCCACUUAUAUAAGUGGGAAGGCUCCAAAAAUCAAACCUUGUAUAUCCACAAUAGCACAGAGCAGCAGUACAGCGUUCAAGAAAGUGUUCAAGAGAACAACACUCACAAAGGAUACUAUGAGAAUGGAUUCCUUGAAGUGACUCUCCUCCAGGUGCAGCUAGCAAACGGUGGGCAGUAUGUGUGCUCCAUGAUGUGUGAUGAUGUCUAUAAAGAAGAUAUUGUGGAAGUGACAGUAGAAGGUAACUACAAAGGCUUAGAUGCUAUCUCCCUAAUCCAUGACUUGUGGAGACCUGGUUUAUAUUACUGAGACUAGGUAGACGUCUCAGAAGGGACUUGAGAGUUGGCGGGGGGAGUUCUAGAAAAAUUCUCUCUGUCUCUCUCCAGACUUUCUGUCCACUUGGUUGGGAACCUAGAUUGUUUGUCCCUGGCAUUGGGUAAUUGGUACAGAUUAGGAAUUCUGCAGGUUUACAAAGUACCUAAGUGCCUGACAGUCUACAUACCUGAGCUGGCAAGGUUUGUCUCAAAGGCUCUGCUGAGUAGUCGCAGACUGUUGGUUCUGGGAGACUUCAGCAUCCUUGCUAAGGCUAUUAACUCUGGGGUGGCUCAGGACCAUGGCGGCUGUGACAACCAAGGAGCAGUCCCAACCUGUCAUUGGCCCAACACAUGGGGCAAGCCACAAUCUCUGGAUCUGGUUUCCUGGACUGGGCAGGAAGAGGGAUAUAUGGAAGUGGGAGAUACGAACACAGUCGCUUGUCAUGGCUGGAUCACUUCUGGUCAAGAUUUAGGCUUCCAGCACCCUUUCCCCCUUCUGCAGAGGCAGGGGACCUGUUACGAAGGUCCACCCUUGAAGACUGCUGGAUCUAAAUGGCUUGCAGAUGGUUCUGAGGGAUUUUCCAGCUGAUAUGACUGGACCCCCUGGGUGAUUUGCAAAAUAUGGGAAUUGCUCGUGCCAUUAAUACAAUCGCCUCUGACCACCCUCUUCUUCUUCACAUUAUUAUUAUUUUAUGGCCCUUCACUCUAAGAUCCCAGGGUGGGUUACACAAUUAUGGCACCAUGUUACAAAUAGUUUAUAAUAACUUACUAUCCGAGAAAUAUGAUGGGUUCUAAAAAUAUACAUUUCAAGUGUCAAAAGAGGUACAUCUUGAGCAUUCACCAAAAGCUGUGUAAUGAAGAUGCUAGAUACAUCUCUGUGGGGAGGGAACUCCACAAUUUAGGGGCUCCCACAGAUUAUGCCACCUCCUGAAGGUCUGGUGGUGGUUGAACAACCAGUGCCACUUUAUACACCAUUCUUAGCACCAGAGAGUGUCUGUAGGGAAGGAGGUGGCCUCUGAGACCUAAGUUAGGUAAGGUUUGAAACACUAAGGUGAAUACCUUGAAUUGGACCCAGAAACAAACAGCAAAUUUUCCAAGUUAAAUUUUAAAAUUUUACCAAAUGUUGUGUUUAUGGGAAAUGAUAGCUUCAGCUUCAUACAUCUCUAUUUUCCACUCAUUCCUAGUAUAUUUGUAAUAAACUGUCCAAUUACAAGUAUGAACUACUGUGUGAGUGUAUGUAAAGUAUGAGUUAUUAACAUAAAUGAAUGUUUUCCAGGUUUAAUUAGUGUUACUGUUGGGGAUGUUGCCAUUCUUCCAUGUCAGAUGAUUGAGACCUAUUAUCCCUCUCAUUUGGAACUGCAGUGGAGAAGAAGAAGGCCUGGGAAGAGCAAGAACAUCUAUUCUUACCAGCUUUAUUGGGAUACCUGCCCGUCGGUUUGUUAUGGAGACAAAUUUAACGCUAGGUGCCCUUAUUCAAAUGGACCCAAAAGCCAAGUAUGGCUUAGGAAGAAGUAUAAACUAAAGGCAGAGGUGUUGAAACACAAUAAUCUUGGGGGUGGAAAUAUUUCCCUGAAACUAAAUAACAUUCAGAAGGAAGAUGCAGGGAGAUACGAAUGUUCAGUGAACUCUAACUUGCGGCGCAAAGUGGUAAUCUACAAGCUUGAUGUGAGAGGUAAAUAAUACCAAUGUCAGAAAGAAAGAAAGAAUCAACGGAAAGGGUUUGGCAAUAACACCUUUUUCCUGCUUUGCUUGCAAGAGAAGUAACUGGGAUCACAUGAAAAGUAACUGGGGUCUUUGCAGGCAAUUUCAAAGCCUUGCUUUUGGUUAUAGUCAAGAUUAAAUAGCACACUAGCACUAUUUUAAGAGUAUUUGCUGUGGGUUGUAUGUUGUAACUGAUAAUUCCAAAAUCAUGAAUGCUUGUGAAAAAUGAUCACACUAGUGUGACUAUGAACAUCCUCCAGUUUUGCAUCAAUAAUCUACUGGUCAAUAUUUGCAUCUGCCAUAAAUGGUCCUAUUCUUGAAUUGUGCAAUCCUGUAUCAGUCUACUCAAAAGCAACCCAUUGACUUCAAUGAGACUUACUUCCAAGUAGAUGUGGAUAGGAUUGCAGCUUGACCUUACAAUCCUAUUAAUGAUUAAUCCGAUGUGUGUCCACAUCGGAUUAAUUUUGAUUUUAACUGAACUUGUUCUAGACUCGUGGCAAUUUUACACACACCUGAGAAUCAGUUACAUUUAAAUCAAGAAAGUUUGCUGGAAGUAUGCAUUUAUUCAGUCAUUUAUUUACUAAGAGGUGUGGGGUAAAUGAAGUCCAAUAAAAUUUCUUAUUACCUUUUCCGCCUUUGUAGGUGUUUCAAUUGUCGGCAAUGUAAAUCCUAAAAUUGGCAGAAUUGGACAAGAUGUGAUAUUACAUUGCCAAGUAAGAGGAUGCAAAUCUUCCAGGGUGCAAGUGCAAUUAUAUAAGUGGGAAGGCUCAAAAAAUCACACAUUGUACACCCACAACAGCACAAAGCAGCACAGGGCUGAAGAAAAAAGCACAGGAGAGAGUGAUGAGAAUGGCAUUCACAAAGGAUACUAUAAGAAUGGGCUCCUUGAAGUGACUCUUCUUAAUGUGCAACUAGCAGACAGUGGCCAGUAUGUUUGUGCCACAACAUGUGAUGAUGUCUACAAAGAAGAUAUUGUGGAGGUGACAAUAGAAGGUAAUUAUGAAGGCUUAGAUGGUAAGAACUUCCAUAAUUCUUCUCUUCUGCUCAGCACAAACUGUAACCCACUGAUUUCCUAAAAUGUGCAUUUGAUAAAGUUUCCCUCCUAAAUGCAUUUGGGGUUGCAGUAAACACUUCUUCCUUUUUAGGACUGGGAGUUUGUUUUUUUAAAAUUGUUUAUUUAUUUAAAAAUUACAUCCUGCUUUUCACUAUCUCAGGUUUCAAAGCAGUUCACAGCAAUAAAAUGCACACUAUAGAAAAUUCAAAACCUAAAUGAAACCUCCAAAAUUUAAAACCUCAAGUAUCUAAAAUCUUAACAACUUAAGUUUCCUUCCUCCUCUUUCUUUGCCUGUUAGUGGUGCUAUUCCAGUUUUGUUGGUGGUUUUCUACCACAAUCAUGUCCUGGUGUGGCCAUGAGUCUGUAGAGGACCUCAUUUUUCUGUGAGGGCUUCAGGAGAUGUUUCCAAAGGGGUAAUGACAGAAAAAGAGAUUCUGGACUCACCAUGAACGCUUUCCUUGUUCUCUUAUGAUGGCAAUGGAGCCCACCUGAGAGGUGCCGGAAACUUUCAAUCCAUGACUUGAUUUUUAAAAGUGGAAAACUGAAGAAAAAAAAUAUAACUUCUUCUCAGACCACCUUGUAUGACUUCUGUGGCACCCAAUGGAACAUCUGCCCUGCUCCUGAAUAUGUAUAGUGUUUUUGAAUGUGGCCAAAGGGAAAUGGAGGGGCCAAAGCUUAAUGUAAGUUCUAGAAGGAAGAGACCUAAGACACAUUCCAAGAUAAACUCUGAGCUUGUAUGAGCCUCUGAAAGCCCUGCUUCUGGUGAGGCAAUGGAGGGAAAUUUAAUUAAGCCUGCUUUUGUCUUUUAGAGGUGCCUGUCCAAAGUGCUGAAGUCUGGAUGUUCUGUGGCUUUGCUUUCCUAGGUAAGUUUCCUUACAUGAAUGGAGUAGGUAGGAAAUUCAUUAAAAUGUAGUGUUAUGAACUGUGACAUAUUUAUUUAUUAAGAUAUGUUUUGAGCUAGAUAAUUAAAAAUAAGAGGUGGUGCUUUCCUUUCAUUGUGUCAGCCGGUCUUCAAAUCUAUUUAUUGCUUUAAGUAAGAAAUAGGUUUUCCCCCUUUCUAUUUGACAGAACAAGCCCACAGGGCUAUGACUAUCUCCAAUCUUUGACCCUUUCUGUUACUGCUGUGAGGGAUCAAAAGAUAAGCAUAAGGAUGGAGGAGGAAUCCAUUUUUAAUGGAUUUAAACACAGAAUUUGGGGCUUCUGACCUCUUCAGGCUUUGCCCUUAUUGGGCUAUCUCUUGCAUCAUGUGCCUGUUUAUGCUGCUUGUGCAUUGUCCUUUUUUCAAAGCUAGAUUAGUUAUCAGGGUUGCAUGUGCGCGUGUACACACCCACACCCCAAUCCAGGGCCUCUGGAAGUAGGUGAAAUGCUGCUUCAGGGUAGGGCUUUGGGAAGAAGAAGUAGUGGCCAGGCAGGAUUGAUAAGUAGGGAGUGAAAGCCUGCACCCCAAAUCAAAAGGCAUCCACCAUCACCACCCCACCUUCUGCCUGGAAAUUGGGAAGUUGCUGCUAGUCAGGUAGGUUCCCCCUACUCACUUUUCAUUGCCUCCCUUUCCCACCCAAUGCCUGUCUUUCCUUUCUGCCUGUUGGGUUACCCCCUGACCUCCCUGGAUCCCUCAGGGCCACCCAACCCCCAGACUUGAGCAACACUUAGAUUCCACUGAAACUGACCCAAUUCAGUUCCAAACAUGGCUGAUUGCAGUGCACAACCCUAUUAAUGCACAGUUUAAAAUACAUAUCAAAGAGUCUAGCCCAGGGGUCAGCAAACAUUUUCAGCAGGGGGCCGUUCCACUGUCCCUCAGACCUUGUGGGGGGCCGGGCUAUAUUUUGUGGAAAAAAUGAAUGAAUUCCUAUGCCCCACAAAUAAGCCAGAGAUGCAUUUUAUAUAAAAGCCCGCAUUCUACUCAUAUAAAAACACCAAUCAGGCCCCAGAAAUAACCCAGAGAUGCAUUUUAAAUAAAAGGGCACAUUCUACUCAUGUAAAAACAUGCUGAUUCCCGGAGUGUCCGCGGGUUGGAUUUAGAAGGCGAUUGGGCCGGAUCUGGCCCCCAGGCCUUAGUUUGCCUACCCAUGGUUUAGCCACACAUAUGCUUUUAUAAUUAUUAGUGCAUAAAUGUUUUUAUACAGUUAUAUGAAUUGUUGUAUGUACCUGUUUCUGUGCUGGUCAUUUUAGGAAACCUUAAGUGCAUAUGCAUAUGAUAAUGCCUAUUGUCUGCUAGAUUUUUUUGUAUUUUUAUUAGUACUGUUAAUGAAAACCCAAGAAACAGGGCAAAGAUCCAUGUGAAUAAGCUCAAAGUAAUUCCAUCCCUAUUUAAGUGUUCUUUGUCUUGUAUAUAGCACUUUUUAAACUAAAAAGGAUAAUCUUUUCAUUUAUUCUCAGCUUUCCUCUUCAUAGUAAGUUGGCAUUUUUAUAGAAAGCUAGGUGAGUUAAUGUUCUCAUUUGUUCAAGUGUCUGUGGGGGUUUUUUAACUUCUUAAACAUACUUGCAGUGUUUUUGCCCUACCUUCAAUUAUGAACUAAUAUCAGAGACAAGGCCUAAUCCUUUCUUAAUUGUAGCCACUACAAUUCUAGGACACAGAAAACUAUGGAGUGAUUUUCUUCCAAGAGGCAGGAGAUGCAUUUUGUAACAGUGAACAGUGCUUGAAACUGGUAUGGGAAGUUGCUUUCCUUCAGAUAUUUGAAACCCAAGUUGUUUAGGGCUUUAAGCAUCAGUCUUUCAACUGAGCUCAGAAAUGAAUAGUCAGCCAUCAGAGUUAUUUCAAGAUUAAAGGAAUGUGACUGCAUAUGGCUGAACCAAUGUGAGGAUAAGUUUGUACUGGCAACAAAUUGGCAUUAGCCACCUUAGUGUUGGUGUCAUACUUGGUUUUUCGGUCAAAGGUGUAUCAACGAGGUUCAGGCCGAUUUGGAUUCAGCUGGUCAAACACAGAAAAUGCUCAAGGAAAACAACAAUAACCGGUUCAAAUAGCACCUAUACUUGAAGUAAUCACCCCAUGACCAGAAGAGGAGGGUAUUAGAAAGCUUGUAUACUUGUAAAGACUCUUACAAGAACGGAUGUUUAUUACGACACCUUUGGAAAUUGUGGCACAUGGUAUCACUCAGGAUGGGAGCAGGGCAAUGUGGUGAAGAAGAGGGAAGCACUGGGUUAUAGUGGGUGGCCAAUGAUACAGUUCAGUAGUUAACACUGAGACAGGCCCUCCUUGCAGACUUCAAUUGCAAGAGAAGAUGUGUAGAAAGGAAAGACAAACAUAAUCCAUGAUUUAAUGCAGCCAUUUUAUUUUUGAAAACAAACUGUUUAUUCUAAUAAAAUCACUGCAUUUGUGUGCAUGUGGUUUGCAGAAACAAUUGCUCCCAAUCCAAGUAAAGUGUAACAUAUGUUUCUAUGUUUCUCUCGGUGAAAUAAAUACAUAGCAAACUCCAAUGGCUGGAUCUGCAUGUCACAGUAAGCCACAGUUAAUGGUUUACUCGUUAGCAAACAGAUCACUCCUACUUUGCUCCUCCCACCGCCAUUAAUGAGGGGGAAUCAUGGUUCUCUCUUGUCUUGGUGUUUUGCCCAAGCCAGGCAUCAUGGUUUGAUUCACUCAAACAAACCACAAUCAGAAAGCUAAGAAUAAACCUUGACUUCCAUCAGGAAAUGCUACAGAGGAAAAAAUGAUUAAAUAUUCCCUUCCCUGCUGUGAUUCCUCAAAUCAAAACUUCAAUCUCUUGCAGUUGCUGUGAAGUUUUGUAAGAAGUGAGAUAACUGAAUCAUGGUUUCCCUCUGUUACUUCUUCUUGGGCUCUGAUUGUGCUAGGAUGUAUGGUUUAUUAUUUCAAAAUAUCUACCUCACAUGAAACCUUUGAUUUUCUUUGCAGAAGAAUUAAAGAAAGGCAAUGGUAAGUCUUGUAAUAGAUUCCACCUUUUAAACCAUCAGUUGGUAGUGAAAGAAACAUAUCACAAAUCUCAUGCUGUUCUUGCUGAUAAAAUUUUCAUUUUAAAAUUCAUAUGAAAAGCAAAUAUAUCUUACCUUGCAGAACAAUUAAAGACAGAAAAUGGUAAGUAGCAAAAACUUUUCAAACAAAAUCUAAACAAAAUAUUGUUGCAUGUCACCCCAACCUUGGAGCUGUGAGAGAUUCCAGGGAUUCCAGGCACUUACCCAGAGUUUGGUUUCCUUGGAACAAGUGACUGCGGAGAUUGUGGUGUCUUUAUGAUAUAUGGUAUACAACCUGAGCCUACGAUGGACGGGCUCAUAGCAUUAACAUCCCAGAAUGUUUUGCUUCUCCCAUAGUCACAGCUUUGGAUUCAAACAGAAAUCAACCAUGGCUCUGACUCUCUGGCUUCUUCCUGCUUCUAGCCCAACUCUCUCACACACCUCAACUCCUGCUCUUGUCUGCUAUUGUCCUUCUCACUACCAACCAGGUGUGGGAGAGGACCCACCCAUUUCCCCUCUGGCACAGAGCAACUUCCUUUCUUAUGCUAUCAAUCUAUACUUAUAGGCCAUUAUGGUCCUUGCCUGGCUAAUUCAACAAUGAGAUCCUUCAUUAGAUUUUAACAUUUGCUGGAACCAGGAAUUAGAAGGGGCUCAAGCAUCAUACAGCCUAACCCCACCACCAACCUCACAACAAUAUUACUUGGGUAUCCUAGAAGGAUAUCUCUCUCUCUCUCUCUCUCUCUCUCUCUCUCUCUCUGUGUGUGUGUGUGUAAGGAAAUAUGUAUUGCAAAUUAGAUUUACAGAUGCCAUAACAUGAUUUUUAAAUUUGUUGUUAAGAUAAAACCAUAUAUGUUCUCCUUUCUAGAAAAGCUAAAGGGAGAAAUGAAGGCAAAAACAGGUAAGUGAAUCUCUCCUUUCUUAGUUUGGAACUUACUCUUCAAGUAAAACUAAGUUUUAUUCAGAAUAAUUGCCUAGCAUAGUUGUGAUCAUUCUUUUCAAAGUGUCUGCUCCGAGGAAAACUUAGUUAAAUACCACCCAUUAUUUUUCCACUUCUAAAGAAGGUAACUUCUAAAUCACACAUUGCCAAAAUAGCCUUGUCAGGAAGUAUGUGCCAAAUUAAUGCUCCCCUUGCUAUAGCCCUUUAAGAAAUUACCCACCCCCAAUCUGGAAAAAAAAAAAACUUCAGAAAGGAAGCUUCUUCCUUGAACUUUAAUGAAAGCUUUCCUCCAGCAGCUUCAGUGUGGGGAGGAUUAUUGUCAUCAGGGUGCAAUAUGGAGAGAAAUGAGUUAAAGCUCUGCUUCAUGCAUCACAGUUCUUGUUCCUUCCAUCACAACUACUAUUUAAAGAACAGAUCAGGCAUAUUCAAUACUUACACACAUUUCACAUAGCAUUUAAGACAUAUUCAGAAGUUCUCCUCACACCUUAACUGGAUUAAUGAUUUUACCAGCUCUGCCACUGUGCCAGUUUACACAUGUGUGUAAACUCACCUGUUCCAUGUAUAUUUACAGAGAUGCUUUUUGGGAGAUCUUAAAUCUGGAGAUCAUUGCAUACCAUGGUAGUUAUUUCAGUGUGCCAAAACACUUUUAAUCACUUGGGGGAAUUAGGAAAAACCAGCAGAUUCUCAUUGUAAAUUCAAAUAUGUUUUAAUUCUUACAACCCAAAGGACGGACAGUCCAUUAAAUGGCUUUGAGACUGGAGGUGCUAUGCAAUACUACCAAAAUUGCCAGUUAAUGCAAGGUAAUACACAGGCUACGCAAACCCUUAUUGCCUAAACUAAUAGCUUACCUAUCUAGCUGUUUUGUAUAAUUGAGAUCAAAUCAGAGCCCCAAAAGUCUAAUGGUUCCUGUACAAUAUGUGGGAGGGUAGUUCAACACAUCAAGCAGGGCUGCACUAGAGACCUAGAUGCACAAGGGGAAAUUUGGAGGCAAAUGACGGUUUAGACAGCACAAGAAUAGAAAGACUGUGAGAUUCAGAAAAUUUUGCUUCCCUGGCUCCAUGUGACAAGGCAGUGUGCAGUCCAUGGUUUCCAUAUCAAAGUACUCUUGUGACACUUGGUAUGAAAAGUUGGACCGCCUUGCACUAGACAGCCCACCAUUUUGGUGGCAUUAUUUGAGCAUAAAUCUUUUUUUUCCCAUUUCAAGAUAAGAGAAUGAGAAAUCUCCUUGUCUUACAGCUUUCAACCAGAGAAUCAAUCAACUUAUUAUUUCACUUAUUCUAUGUUUCUCAUUCUAUCAAACAAACACAUUUCAAACUCCUGAUUUAUUGGGAAGCAUGUUUUUAGUUUUAAACUUCUACUUCAUCAGAGAAAUAUAUUUUUUCCUUUGCAGAACAAUAUGAAGCAGGAAAGGAACAAUUGGAGAUGGUUAAAGGUGAGUCUUAUGUAAUGUUUUGCACAUUUGUGGACAAAAUACAUUCUUUAGGAGGCAUGGGGAAUGAAAAAGUUAUCCUUUUUAUUUUUAAAAGUGCAGUUUACAAGAACCAUAGAAACUUAAAUGUCUCACCCUCUUCCUCUUAAUUGUUUCCUUUGCCAUACUGCAAUGCAGUGUGUGUGUAACCUUACCAUGCCAACAAUUAUUAUGUGGACAUUUGCAUCUUCAUUGCUAGAUCUUCUAAAAAUUCAGCUAUGGUUGUCAUCCUUCCUCACAUAAUGUUUUUGUUCGUUUCUUUACAUACAGAAAUAUUAGCUGCCCACUUACACAAAGGUGAGAAUAACAAAUACUUUUAAAAAUUCACAUGGUUUGAUAAAUGAAAAAUAGGGGUGUUUUUUAAGCAACACAAAAUAACAACCAAUGCACUGGUGGUAAUCUGCAAUUCUAAUUUGUUUCAUAGAGGUUUUCCAGUUGAUUCUUUAAAGGGAAGAGGGAUAAGCGGUGAUGAGAGAGGUGUAAAGUUCAGCAUUGCAAUGAAGGGGGAGUGAAGCUCAGCAUGGGGAAAAUAUCUUCACUCUCCUCCUUGUGUCUGAUGCUGAUCUUCAUUCCCCAUUUCUUUAUCAUGCUGAUCUUCACUCCCUUCCAAUUUUGAUACUCCCCAAAGAGUUUAUGUCAUCCUCCAGUUCUUCUGGAGGCUUGGGGACAGAGGUGUACAGUGCCUGGGCCUGCAAGUAUGCUGAGGAUUGCAGCAGAAUUACACUGGUGCAUACAUGGGUUGAAUUGCUUCUUGAAACAAGCUUUGUUUAAUUCUCUUGAAUAGAAAUUUGUAUUUUCCAUAAUAUGUCACAAUGCCAUGUAGCAGCAGAUGUGUGUGUAACCCACAAAGGGAUGCUGGUGUCCUCAAAGAGUCACAUAAAGCAACCCUUCAAUCAGUGCAUUUUGAGUUCAGCCCUUUCCUUUCCUUUGCAGCUGAUGUGGUCUUGGAUCCCAGGACAGCUCACCCAAAGCUAAAAGUAUCCGAAGAUGGCAAAAGUGUUUGGAACACAGGAAAUGUUUCUAAGGUUUCUGACUGGGAGGAGCGGUUUGACUCCCGCACAUUCAUUCUGGCAAAACAUGGAUUUUCAGAAGACAAACAUUACUGGGAAGUGGAGAUUGGUCAGAAAAAAACCUGGGACUUGGGAGUUGCCUCUGCAAAUGCUUCUAGAAAGGGGGAGAUCACCCUGUCUCCUGAGAAUGGCUACUGGGUCAUAGGAUGUGAUGAUGGGAAAGAUUACUGGGCUCGGACAGAGCAAUGGACCCGCCUGAAAGUGAAUGGAAAGCUUACAAAAUUAGGAAUAUUCCUAGAUAAAUCAGCUGGAAGCUUAUCUUUUUAUGAUGUCUGCAGUCAUAGGAAAUUGCACACUUAUAAAACACUUGGUGUUGGGGAGCUUUAUCCCUUCUUCUAUAUAGGCUCUGUAACCGAACAGCCAUUGAAAAUUGUGUAAUAUUUGAAAGAAAAUGAGAUUGUGGAGAAAAAAAUGAAAACAAAUUCCACAGAUAGCUGAGAAUUAAUUAGCAUAGUUCUUUAGUUUAACCAGGAUUUUUUCUUUCUUUCUCAUAUUGGUGUCAGAGAAUAAAAGACUCGCAUAUUUAUUCUCAUAUUGGUGUCAGAGAAUAAAAGACGGGGGUUCAAUUCUGCACCUUUAUUAAGUGUCUUCUCUGAUUGCAAAGCAGCAUUGCUGCCUUCGCUCAAAAGUUGUCAAGCCAGGGGAGCAAUCCUUCAGGGCAAGUCUUCAGGAAAGGACAGUUAGGUUACAUUGGGCAAGAAAGAGAUUCAGGUGGCAUCUUCCUUUUUCUGGUAUGGUGCAGACAGUGGGCUGAUAGAUCUUUGCCUUUUGUGGGUUUUUCUAAAUGAUGCCUGCCCAUCUUCCAGCUUGAUGCCUUGCCCCCUGACCGCCCUGGAUCACUCUGAGCCAUCCAACCUGACCCACAGUGUUUGGCAGCUGAGUUAACCCAUGCUGUUCUUGCUGAUAAAAAAUUCUUUUUAAAAUUAAUAUGAAAAGAAAAUAUAUCUUUUAUGUCUUUGACACCUGAAUUUUUCUAAACAGGCCUGAUUUGUCUCAGGACUUUGUACACAGCCCCAACAAAUGAGACAAACCGUGUAUUGUCGUUUUCUUUAGCAAAGUGUUCAAGUCUUAUCUAUUUUCUCAGGCUUUUAACUCUUGAUCUGGUUUUUGUUGUUGAUUAAUUAUUUCUAACUCGCUUUGCUAACCUGAUUAAGGAGUUGGUUAUACAUUUUCAAAAUGAAUAAAUAUAUUGAAUAUUC